UAGGACAAAUGAAAAAUUAAUGUUAGCCGUGUAUAGAGUGCAUGGAUUACCCUUUUCCCACGCCCAAAACCGUGGGCGAUAGUUACUUUCUUCAACCUCUCGAACCUUAUAAACCAGAGGGAGGAGCACUGCAACUAUUCGUAAGCGGGUAUGGUGGUCCACUUUUUAAAGCUUCAUCUUCCUCGCAUUCUUCCCAAAAGUUUCUGUUUCAUCCGUGUGAUUACAGUAUAAUUGGAAGGGCAAAGGCAUCACAGAGACCUGAUCUAGUUAUUUCAGCUUCGUCAACGUGCCACAUAUUGCCUUCAAAGUCUUGUAGUUGCAUCUGGAGCUCUCAGGUGCAAGGCAUUUAUUCCAGAUUUUCAUCAAUUAAACGUGAUUAUCAUCAGAGCAUUGGAGGAUCUGCAGAAAUGGGAACAAAAGUUAUUCAGUCCCUUAAGCACAUCCAUGAUCCAGAAUUAAUAUCAUACAUUUCACAGAUGGAUGCUGCUGCAAUUGAUGAACUCCUUAUGGGUCCACUUGGAUUUAGUGUAGACCAGCUGAUGGAGCUUGCUGGCCUCAGCGUUGCAACUUCCAUAGCAGAGGUUUACAAACCAAAUGAGUACAACCGAGUGCUAAUAAUUUGUGGCCCUGGCAACAAUGGUGGUGAUGGUUUGGUGGCUGCACGCCACCUUUAUCAUUUUGGAUACAUGCCAUUUGUUUGCUAUCCCAGACGCACUGAUAAGCCUCUUUACCAUGGGCUUGUUACUCAGCUGGAGGCACUUGCUGUUCCAUUCUUGCUACCGGAUGAUUUGCCAACAGAAUUGGCUAGUGAUUUUGACAUUAUUGUGGAUGCUAUGUUUGGGUUCUCAUUCCAUGGUACACCAAGGCCUCCUUUUGAUGCUUUGAUUCACAAACUUGUCAUGGCAACUGCUUCUACUUCCAAAAAUGGUGGAACACCUUUUGUUGUGUCAGUUGAUAUUCCCUCUGGAUGGCAUGUGGAAGAAGGCGAUAUAAAUGACACAGGCCUUAGUCCAGAUAUGCUGGUGUCUUUAACUGCACCAAAACUGUGUGUGAGGAAAUUCACAGGCCCCCAUCACUUUCUAGGGGGUAGGUUUGUGCCUCCAGAAGUUGCAAGAAAAUACUCAUUACAGCUUCCUCAGUAUCCAGAUACUGCUAUGUGUGUGCGCAUUGGAAAGCCCCCAUCAGUUGAUGUGUCAGCUCUUCGAGAGAAUUAUAUUUCUCCAGUUUUUCUUGAAGAACAAUUGAAGGAUGAUCCAAUUAAACAAUUCCAAGAAUGGUUCGAGGAUGCUGUAGUGGCUGGAUUAAAUGAGCCAAAUGCAAUGGCUUUGGCGACUACAGAUAAAUCUGGUCAUCCUUCUGUACGUAUGGUCUUGCUGAAAGGAGUUGAUGAACAUGGUUUUGUUUGGUAUACAAAUUAUGAAAGUAGAAAGGCACAUGAGAUACUUGAGAAUCCUAAUGCCUCUAUUCUUUUCUUUUGGGAAGGCCUUCAUCGCCAGGAACUCUUCAGAAUGGCAAGAACAGUCUUGACCCCUAGUACCAGUUACCAUCCUCAAACCGAUGGGCAAACUGAAAUAGUGAACAAAUGGAUAGAGGGCUACCUAAGAAAUUAUGUUACAGGGCAACAGACUGCUUGGGUUAAGUGGCUACACCUAGGAGAACAUUGUUACAACACGACACACCACAUGUCAAUAGGGAUGAGUCCUUUCCAAGCCUUGUAUGGCUAUGAGGCCACAAGCUUUGGGGAGUUAAUAACCCAAGAAAGUAAAGUACCAAGAGCACAAGAUUUUGUUCAACAAAGUAUGGACAUCAUGAAGACCUUGAAAGAGAAUUUACAACAAGCCCAAAAUCAACAAAAGAUCUAUGCAGACAGGAAGCGUACGGAAAGGUCGUUCGAGGCCGGAGAUUUGGUGUUUUUAAGGCUACAACCAUAUAAACAAUCUUCCCUCAAGAAGAAUGGGGCUGAAAAGUUGAAACCCCGGUUCUAUGGACCCUUCAAAGUAAUUCGAAGGAUUGGGGAAGUAGCUUAUGAAAUAGAACUCCCCAAAGAUAGUAAAAUACAUAAUGUGUUCCAUGUCUCCCGACUUAAAAAGGUUCUCGGGCAACACUUGGUGCCAUGCAGUGAACUACCUCCCCUAGAUGAUGAAGGGAAACUCACUUUGACUUUACACCACCCCCCUGCGGGAAGUGGUGCGACGGUAGUCGCAGCCUGGGCUGCGACCACUGUCGCACCCUUUCCGCGGAAGGAACCUGUGGAGGGAUGCAACCCUUCCCCUCCACGGGGCUGGGCUGCGACCACUGUCGCACCCUUUCCGCGGAAGGAACCUGUGGAGGGAUGCAACCCUUCCCCUCCACGGGGUAUAAGGUAUGAGACCAGGGCAAGGGAGUGGGGGAAAGCGGGAAGACGGGAGGUCAGCAAAUGGCAAACUGCGGACUACGAAUUGCAACUGCGGGCUGCGGGCUGCGAACAGUGUCCAGAUUUGAUUCUGGAAUGUGCAAAACAUUACAACCAGGAGCGGAAGACAAUUUCAACAUCAGAUGGCAAGCUGCUGGCAAUAUUAACUCCGGAAUCAAUUGGUGAAGCCUUCCGAUUUCCUUCACACCAUUCCAUGACAUACAAGACUAUAAAUGGAGCUAGGGCAAUAUAUGAAGCGGGUCCUGGCAGAUGUGGGGAUAUGAUCAACAACAAGUGGUUGCUGAAGCCUAGGCCGCAUAUUUCUAAAAUGCCUAAGAUACUAUCUUCGAAUUCAAACAGGAAUAUGUGGACCUGA